AUAGAUAGUAUUCCGUUUUACACAAAUUUCUACAGCGAGUUUUUUCUUUUCAAACGUCAAAAACACAGAAACCCCGCGAGAAUCGUUCAGAUCCAAACUCUGAAAAUUUGAAAAGCUUCUUUCCUAUCCGUUCCGAAAUUUCAAAGCCCUAAUUCCCAAAAAUGGAGGCUCUGUACAAAAAACUCUACGCUAAAUACACCAAACUCAAGACUAACAAACUCUCCGAGUUCCAUGAACCUGCCAAGGAACAAGAACAGAAAUUCCGCAAAUUCGUCUCCGCUUCCGAACAGUUGAUAGAUCAUUUGAGAAAUGAAUAUGAUAAGGUUCUUGAACAGAACAAUGACUUGGUAAAUGAAUUGAUUUCGGUUAGGCUUGCCAAGGACAAACAACUCUUUGAUCUAGAAAAGCGUUUAAUGGAGGAAAAAACGAAAAGUGAAUCUCUUCUUGAAGAAGUUGAGAAGUUGCAAAAGCUUCUGAAGGAAGGAACUUUGAAGGAAGGAGCUUCUGGUGGUUUAAAUAACAGCAAUAAGGUCAAGAGCAAUUCCUCCAAUAACUCAUCUGUAAGAAUGACAAGAAAACGUAUGAGCCAGGAACAGGAUGCAUUGGACAAAGAAGCGAGGAGGGUUAUACCAUGUGAAAUUGAUGAAGGUAAUUCUGUGGAGAGAGAGUCAACCCGAAGCUUUCUCAAGGAGAAUGCUUCCAAUAAGCUGCGGGAGUGCUCUGUGUCUGAAGUUAAUGAUCAAUCAGGCGUUGAUUUACAGGAAAGUGGUCUUAGUAGCUGGCUUGCUCAUUCUCUUUUUGAGUAUACAUUGGGUAUGAAGUUAUCCUUUGACAAUCAAACUGGACGAUCAUGUCUUUUUACAAAUCAAUCAACCGGUUUCUCCUUUAGUAUAUCAUGGAUUGGCAAAACCCCCGGAGAGGAAGCUGGAGAGGAUGCAGAACUGCUAUACCAAGUACAAUCUCUAGGCAUACUUGAAAGAUUAGUACCAGAAUGGAUGACGGAAGACAUCAAGUUCAGCCCAACCAUGUGCCCCAUCUUCUUUGGAAGGGUAUCGCGUGUUAUCAAUUUAAGAUACUGAAGUUUCUUGUUGUACAUAUUUCCACUUCAAUUAUUUGGAGUGAUGAAAAACUAGGAAUGACAUUUGAGAUGAAAAGGAUGUUGACAUAAUUAUUUGAUUAGUGAAGAUGCUGAGUUGAAAAUUAAAGUGGACGCGUUGGGAGGUGCAAGUAAAAAUACAAGUAUUCAUGAGCUGCACCUAAUCAAGAAAACUAUUAGUAGUAUUAGUUUUUGUACUGGUUUUUAGGCUGAUUUACAUUGUGUGGGAUGUCCACUGUGAAUCAAACUUUUAAGAUAUUAAGAGAAGAUUAACUUCUGCACUGUUUUAAUUUAUCUGAACCAAAUGAGCCCUUUAUAGUGUAUUGAUAAGCACCUAACUCACUACUAGGGGGUGUGCUUAUGCAUAUAGGUAAAUUAAGACUCGUGAAAGGAAUUAUUUGACUCAUGAUUUAGAGUUAGUUUUUGUAGUUUCUAUCGUUACGAUAUUGGAACAUUACAUGUAUGGCUCUAGAUUUUAUGUAUUAAAUGAUCAUGUGUAUUUGAAAGAGUUGAAGGUGAGGUAAAUUAGUUGGUUAUAAUUUCUUAAAGACUUUGAUUUUGAGCUUAGUAAUAACUAUGGGAAAACUAGUGUAGUAAUUGAUGAUUUGAGUUGGAAAUAUUUGAGUGCAUUUGUUUUGAUAGUGAAACAUAGUGAGUUAUUGGAGCAAUUUAGAGACCUUAGUUUGGAAUGUAAAGUUUAACUUGAGAGCCACUUAUUCGAAAUGUUGAAAGGGAACAGUUGAUUUGUGGACAACAUCAAAGAAAGUCCUAAGUUGAAUUUACAUUUUUUAUUUAUUUUAAAUUCUGAAAAUGAUACCAAAUUCAAGGUGGGUGGGUGAUGAUGGAAUAAUGAGAUUUUAAGGAAGGGUUUAUGUUCUAGAUGUGAAUUAUCUGAGGAAAUUAAUUUAUGAAGAAAGGCAUAGAAGUUGAUUUCGUAUCUACCCUGAAGCUAUUGACAUGUAUAAAAGAGCCUUAAUAGAGAGUGCUUUGACUACCAAUAAUAAAGAUGUACUUAAUUUUUUUGUUUAUUUAACUUGUCAGAAUUUAAAGUAGAACAUUAGAGGUUAUCUAGUUUGAUUUUACCUUGAGUAUAUAUGAGUUUAAGUGGGUAU